AAAGCUCUCGCUAACUGUCACGACGUCGACCCAAACGUCGACUCGUCCUCCCGCUCGUCGCUCCUCCGAACCCUAGCUAGAGGAAUGCCGGACGCAGACGACCCUCGAGCUUGGAUCCAUGGCGACGAGAGCGCGAAGGCCAUGCUCGCUAGGGUUCUCACGGAGCGCUCCUUCCUCCUCCUCCCGCCCCUCCACCGCCUCCCUCUCCGCGUCGGCAACGUCGUCGAGAUCGCCGGCCCCUCCCCCUCCGCCAAGUCCCAAGUCCUCCUCCAGGCUGCUGUACACUGUAUCCUACCCAGAGAAUGGAGGGGGCUCCGUUUCGGGGGAUUGGAACGCAUGGUGAUCUACUUCGAUCUAGAUUGCCGCUUCGAUGUGCUCCGCCUCUCCCAGAUCCUGAAGCACCGUAUAAAGGAGGUUCUCGGAUCUACCAACAAUUUUGGUCAUGGAGUACAAGAGGGCUCUCAAGAAUAUGAUGACGAAUUACUUUUAGCUUGCAUGAGGCGCUUCUUGUACAUCCGUUGUUACGAUAGCUAUGAAUUUAUAGCUGCUUUGAAGACCAUGCACUCACACGCUCAAACUGAAAGUGAAGCUCUUGGUGUUGGUAUCCAAUUCCUUAUGAUAGAUAGCAUUGGAGCUUUUUACUGGAUUGAUAGAGCUUCCCAGUCUUCACCUUAUGGUAAUUGUACGAGGAAAAUCAUGUCAUUUCAAAAUCUGGUGGAAUCUAUUGUUGAAGAAAUGCGUAAAUUUUUAGAGGUGCAACCUCUAUUGGUGUUGGCUUCCAAAUCAUGUAUAUUUUUUGCUGGAUCAUCAACAACUGAUGUACAAAGGACUCCUACAACAUGGUCUUCAGAGGAUAGAAACCAAUGGAGAACUUCAAACAAGCAAAUUGAGAAGUUCUUGUACCGUGAGUACAUGCCUUCGGCGUGGCAGGCAUUUGUUACCCACCGAAUACACUUGCAAGUUUCAGAUAAGUUUACUUAUGACAGAAAAUAUGGUACAAUGCCUAUAUAUAUGUCCGAGUGGGUGCAGCCUCCGCUGAAUGUAAAAGAUCAAUUUGCUGUUGGAGAUGGUGGCAUAUUUCUGAUUACCUGAAGCUACAUCAGGACAAGUAACCUAAGGGAUCAAUUCUCGCCCGACUUCCACCACGAUUGAAACUUGGUGAGCUGCAUUCUCUCUUUGCACAUUCUGUUGGAAUUUGAUGCAUCAGUGGCUGCUAAUGUCGUUUACUAGAAUAGACUGACAUCCAUUCACUGUUUAUUUUUCUAUACGCAUAUUAGGAAGAGCUUCACUGCACUUUCUGGUCUAAAAAUGUGACUUCAUUGAAUGUGUGCUUUCUAAUAACAUGUUGGCCUUUUGGAGCUCUCCAAACAAAAAAGUAUUGUUUUUUAAAACAAAAGGCUGUAUUAGAUAUAAAUUAAGAGUACAAAAUACCCAUAAGACCAUGGUAAGUCACCAUGCCAACUAUGAGUUACAAUGAGCCUGCUUGUUACAUUCUCUAGGCAAAAAACAUUUCACAACUGAUACUCUAUCAAAAAAUAGCCAACUGUCAUAGAGUGAGUAUAUUCCUAAAAAAUCCAUGGCAUGGCAUCAUAAUUGUUUAGGGCCUUCACCACCUGAAGGCAAUCUGAUCUGAUCCAGAUGCUAUGAAGCCCCUUGUCAGCUGCCAAAUGUAAUCCAUCCAACACUGCUUCGCUUUCAGCAGCCAUCUCCGAACUGGCUGAUGCACGAGAGCAUCCUGCAGCAAUUAUCUGUCCAUGCUCGACCUUAAUGACAACACCUAUACCUGCGAUAUCAGCAGCACUCACCCAUGAAGCAUCAGUCACAAUAGCAAACCCAAAGUUAGUUGGGUAGUAUGCUAAUUCUUGCUGCAUCCAGUCCUCUACAUCCCCCUAGGGUUGGUGUAUCAUAAUCAUUUCCUCAUUGAUUAGAGCACACACUCUAUGCCAUUAGAGAUCUUACCUAGGCCUAUGAUAAUCGUUGCGAUGGUUCCAAAGAGUCCAAAGCUAAGCAGGCAACACAAGAAAGAAGUCUCUAUCUGUUCCUUUCCAAGUUCAUCCCCCUCUUCCAACCGUCCGUUAUUUUUCCACUCAGAGAAUAACUCAUAGGUAAACUGGAUUUUCUGUUGAACAAACACCCAGUAUCAAUACGUGGAAUGAUCCCUACUUAUGUGGUACUCCUCUUCUCUUUCUGCUACAUUUGUAAAUUGUGAUGAAUACUGCAAUUUUGCUGAUUUGCUUUAUGCUAACAAAUGGAACAUAGAUUAUUUACUUGAAAGUUUUUCAUCCUAGCCUGAUUAAGAAGGUAGCUGUCAUCCAUGUGCCACUCUCCCCAGAAGAAAAUGUUUGGUGCUGGUCUCCCCAUCUGAAGGGGAUCAUGACUUGCCAGAAUCCAUAUAGUUCCCUCGUUAAAGAGCAGCCUUCAUGUGACAUUACUAGGGCCGACUGGAAAACAAUGUGGCUGGUUGCUAUGGUUCCAAAAGUCAAGACCUGAUAAAAUUAUAGCUUGAGGUAGAUUACCUAUUACCAAAUGGUUCUCAAGAUACUCUCUCGUGUAUUCGCUUCACACAUUCUGCACUGACUCAUGGUAGCAUGGGAGUACGAAGAAUCAUUUGCUGUACAAAGGCAUUUGAGCCUUUGCUUUAUCAUAGUGUCAGCGUGUCUGACUCAUUGAUACAGUUUGGAUUUACUAUAAUUCAAACUUUUUACCAUUA